CACUGAUUGAUUCCUGAACAGCACUCCUUUUUAUCUGGGCAGAAUUAAGGAGCAUUCUCCUGCGACACACCCGGGUUAGUACAGGCUGUGGAGACAGAAGCAGCAACUCAAGAGUGUGGGUAAGCUCAGAAAAUGGCAGGAAAAGAGGAAGCCGGAACAACAGAAGCGAGCCUGCCUGACGAGACGAUGGUGGGGAAAGGGAGAAAUGAAUCAGCUCAACAGGCUCGGCCAGCAGCUGAGAAAAGCAGUAAGCUCCUGUCUGGCCUCCUGGCCAUGAACAUUGUGUUCCUGGGAGCUGCCAUCACGCUCAGCGCCAUCUUCAACACUGCGUCUGUCCCAGGAACCCAUGUCCUGAUCCUCCUCAUGGUCCUCAGUGCCCUGGCAGUGGGCUGGAUGACGUUUCACAAAUCCAUGAACCACUUUGUUCCUCACCAGGACCUGCACGCUGGUGCCAUCUGGCUGAGGGGAGCAGUGUUCCUGUUUGGAGUCUGCAGUGUUGUGCUUGACAUUUUCAAGGCUGGAUAUUUCCUUCAGAAUAUUGACAAAGCUGAUAUAAUGAAGGUGGUUUAUCCCAUUGUAGAAGCAGUCUUCAUCAGUGCACAGACAUGCAUCCUGUGGUUUCACUCAAAAGAUUGCUUCCACACACACCGUAAUGUCACCAGGUGUGGGCUAAUGCUGACCCUGGCUACAAACCUGGUGUUGUGGAUGAACGCAGUAACUGAUGAUUCAAUUCACAUGGAGUUGGAGGUCGAGGAGCAGACUGCACACAAUGGGAGCAGAACACAGCAUCAAGCUGCCAUGAAUAUUACAGGCCACAGCUGUCAGAGUGAACUGUGCACUAUCUUUCAGAAGGGUGUGGUUCUGAUGUACCCAUUUAACAUAGAGUACUGCCUCAUUGCCUCAACCAUGCUUUACAUCAUGUGGACCAACAUCGGGAGGACCAUCAUUGGACACAUGAUUCACCCAACGCACAAGUUCAGAGGUCACGGCCUUGUUUGGGGGCCAAUGUUGGGGUGUGUGGCUAUAAUCGUUGGAUUGUGUAUCUUCAUCCUGUACCAGGUGGAGGUCUCUAGAGAUCCGACACAGUUCAAACCCUUUUUGCAGUUUUAUGUUUACCACAUCAUCCUGCUCUCUGUCAUGUCUCUGUGCUCUCUGGCUGCUGCAGCCGUGCACAGACGGGAGGAGAGCAGUGUUGACACAAAUGAGAAUCCCACUCGCAGUCUGGAUGUGGUCCUGUUACAGGUAGCUGCUCUCGGCCAGCUCUGUAUCUCCUACUUCUCCAUCGUGGCCAUUGCAUUCAGCUCUGUGCGACUGCCCCUCGACUUUCUCAAUCUGACCUACUCCAUACUGAUAAUCAUCGAGCAUGUGCUGCAGAACCUCUUCAUUAUCCAGGGUCUCCAUAGACCACAUGCCACACAGGAGCUAGCUAUAAGCUCUGGAGAGAUAAAUGAGAAGGACCUUAUUGCUGAUCCUCAGCAGGAGACACUGGUUUUAGAGGAAACUCAUGGAAUCCAUGACCCCAACUCAUCAGCAACAUCCAACACAAAGGCCACGGAACAAGACAACUCAAAUGAUCCUAAUGGAGCGACAAACUGCUUCACCAAUAUGGACUUGAGAAGAACUUCCCAAGUGUCCCUCCAAAUGGACAACAAACUCAACUGGAGGCGGAAAUUCCUGAAGGAGAUCUCUAUGUUUAUGCUCAUGUCCAACCUCAUCCUCUGGGUUAUGCCAGCAUUCGGAGCUCACCCCCAGUUUGAAAAUGGUCUUGAAAAACAGUUCUAUGGAUUUUCCGUCUGGUUUGCCAUCCUGAAUUUUGGGCUGCCACUGGGCGUUUUUUACAGAAUGCAUUCUGCUGGUAAUCUCCUGGAAAUCUAUCUGACCGCCUGAACCCUCCAUCUGAAACUGAAGAAAAGUCACUGCCUGAUUAUAACAUCAAUUAUUAAUAGAAGGCUUUGGAAACUGAUUUUGACUAAUGGACAGGAUUGGAGAGAACUCUGUCAUUUGGAACUCUGUUGGAAUUCCAGUGCAUUUGUUGAGGUUCCUCUAGAUCUGAUGUAGAGGUGAAGAAGGAUCCAGGAAAGCAGUUUAGAAAUUGAAGCGAUGAAGAGAGAACAGAUUUUAAAUAAAAGUUAUUUUCUUUGCGA